AGAAAGUUUGGCGAAGAAAAGAGAAAAGCUCGGCGAAAAAAAUCAGGAGGAGAAGAAGAAGAGAAUGGCUCAUCCCGACUGGAUUCUGAAGGAUCUUAAGUUGGAGAAGCUGAGGAACUUGGUGAUCGGCUACGCUGAGCGCGAUUCAGUGACGGCGGUUCAGGCGUUGAAACGUGUCAGAGCAGUUGUGAAAGCUGAGGGGGAGGAAAACAAAGACUGGCUUCGCUGUCUGCACUUAUCACCAGAGCAACAUCCUUGGCCCAUUUUCUCGGGAGAAGAGGGAAAAGCCGCUUUGAUCUCUCAUCUGCUCGAUUUGAUGGGUGUGAUUGAGUCUGAUUUCGAGGUGUUGAAGAAGCAUCUCGGGAAAGAAGAUCCAAAGACUGCUCCACAAGGUGUUAUCACUUCACGGUUUUUGUUGGGCAGGUUCAGAUCGAGAAUGUUACAGAAGAUCGAUCAACUCGUGGAUGUAGAGCUCAGGGCUCAAAAGGUUGACGACCUUGGGUUUUUGAUUUACAUGGCGAGGUCAAGGACGGUGAACACACGUAUGGUGGCGGUUGUGGUUGGUUUGUUCAACAAUCCAAAUCCAGUUGAAUCUCUCGGGAAGUUGAAGCGUCUCCAGAAGUGUCUUUGCGAUGUCAUUGCUGUCGGAAGAGAGUUCAUUGUUACUCACCGGUUCGUGCCACAGCCGAAGUCAUUUCCUGUGCAAAGCUCUCACAGCCACAUGAAAUGGAGCAGGAGGGUUCGCCUACCUCUUUGGUCUUGCAGCUUGUGUGUGAUGCCGAUCAUUUGAUUGAUCAGGUGUAUGACUGCAUGGGUGUGAUUGAUGAUUGUCCUUUUCACAAGUUGAGCAUGACUCAGUUGGAAGCAGUAGAGGAAUUGAUCGAAAAAAUGGCAUUUGCUUUGGAGAAGUGUGCUGCUGCAGAGGGAGGUGUCUACCUACUGGAGUAACAAGACCAAAUAGCAAAAGGGAAAGCCUAAGCAACAUAUUGUCGAGAAGCAAAGACUUUUACUUCAAAGAAAUUGAUGGAUUAGAGCUGCAAGAAGGUAACAUUAAGCACCGGCCUAGAAUAGUUAUAGAGUAAGUAAAAUUUCCUUUUUUCUCAUCCUAAAAAGACAAGACAAUGUAUGGUCCUCAAGCAAAGUUUCAUGAUAGCCUCUGUGGUAUAUGAGUUCUUCCUCCUAAAUCUACUUUUAGCUACCCUUUA